UGGACUUGGAACAUUCAUCGUCGAUGAGGAGAUGAAUGUGUUGAAGCUGAAGGCGGAGCCGGUUGAGAACCCUAACGACAAGGCGAAGAGGGAGACGGUGGAUCUCGGAAAUGGAAGCGACGUCGUAUACAUUCAAAGGUUAAUACCCUUUGAUCAGUCAUGGACAUGGUUCAAUUAUCUCGACACAAACAUCCCAUGGACCAGACCCACUAUUCGCGUCUACGGAAAAUCUUUCAUUCAGCCUCGAGACACAUGUUAUGUUGCAACUCCAGGAUUGACCAAGUUAAGUUACAGUGGAUAUCAGCCACAUGCAUAUUCUUGGGAUGAUUAUCCACUGCUCAAAGACAUGUUGGAUGCUGUUCAGAAAGCUCUCCCUGGGAAUAGUUUUAAUAGCUUACUCUUAAAUAGGUAUAAAGGUGGUGAUGACUAUGUUGGUUGGCAUGCUGAUGAUGAGAAGCUUUAUGGACCAACGCCUCAAAUUGCUUCUCUAUCUUUUGGAUGUGAACGUGACUUCAUUUUGAAGAAGAAGCCAUGCAAAAAAUCUUGUGAUGGAAGUGAUGAACCUGCGAGCAAGCGAAUAAAGAAGAGUAGCCAUGGUGAUCAGCAUACUUUUAGACUAAGGCAUGGAUCCCUUUUGGUGAUGAGAGGCUAUACGCAACGAGAUUGGAUUCAUUCUGUGCCCAAGCGUGCAAAAGCAGACACUAAACGCAUUAAUCUAACGUUUAGGUGGGUGUUUUAAUUGGCUGGCCAGUUCUUGGAAUAUGCUCAAGCGUUUUUGUUGUAAAUCUGCUUCUGGAAUUCUAAAAGGAAUGUCUGGUUUUUGUGGCAAGUUGAUAUGAAGAUUAUAAUUUUGUAGGAUUUUACCUUAACUUGAUGACAAUAUUUGUAUCUUCUGAAUUUAUAUUUCAAGCUCUUUUUUAA